CUCACAUGCUUGUCAACAAGAAAAAGCUAACCAUGUCGCCGUGCCAAGGAUGAUGCCAUGUCAGAGGUCCUCACUUUAGAUGCUAUUUUGUUUGGGUUCUUGGUCUUUUCAGGCAUCCUUGGAAACAUCCUGGUCAUCCAUGUGGUGUUUCAGUCAGCGGUUGAGACUCCGUCUCGGAGACUCCCUCCCUCUGACACAAUUUUGGUGCACCUGUCACUGGCCAACCUGCUGACCUCUCUUUUCCGCACAGUACCUAUCUUUGUGUCAGACCUGGGCUUGGAUGUGUCUCUGUCUCCAGGCUGGUGCCGAAUCUUCAUGCUUCUGUGGGUGUGGUGGCGAGCUGUGGGUUGUUGGGUGACUCUAGCACUCAGCGCCUUCCACUACACCACCCUGAGGCGACACCACGCGGCCUUUGGACCUCUCACACAGCAGAGGGACAGGCGGCGGGUUUGGAUCAUUCUGGGGCUUGUGUGGGGGGCAAACCUGGCCUUCUCAAUUCCAGCUCUGGUAUAUAGCACUCAUGUUCAUGGCAACAGUACUGUGGAGCUAAUGGUGAUCAGCUGCACCACCAGGCCUCUCCUGGGCUGCGUCUGGGAGUUCCCCUCCAACCAACAGGGUGCAGCCUUCGCCUCUUCUUCGCUUGCAAUUAAUGAGGUAUUGCCACUGGUGCUGAUGGUUUGCACCAGUUCAGCCACACUUCAUGCUCUGGCAAAACACAUUCGAGCUGUUGCCUCAGUGGCAGAGUCAGGAGGAAUCCAUGGGCAUCCGGACAAACACGUGUCCACUGAACGCAAAGCAGCUCAUGUAAUCAUGUUGCUGGUGUUGCUCUUCGUGGUCUGUUGGGCGUUGCAGGUUGCUGCAGUGACAUACUACAACUAUGAUAGGGGACAACACGCUCAAGGGUUACUGACUGUGGCUCAAUUCUCUGCUUCGCUGUUUGUAGGAUUCAGUCCCGUAGUGGUGGCCCUGGGACAUGGCAAGCUAAGGAGGAGAAUCAUGAGUAUGGUCCUGAUGCGGUUUAAAGUUCUUAGAUGUCACAAGGAAGACACUGAAGAAGUGGGUAAAUCCCCAAAGACUAAAAGAAAGAAAGGGAAACUAACUGUUUUUAUUAUUCAAAAGGAGAGGAAGGUCAUAAAAGUGAAGGACAAAGUUAAAGCAAACAAAUGA